AUGAACCUCGCGUUGCAGGUGGAAGCGCUGUUGCAGUGCCCCUACUUCAGACCCCCGGAGAUGAGCGUUUGGCGCUUUGCCCGGCGAUGGUGCUUGGAAGGUGGAGGUGCGUGUGCUUUCCGCGACGAGCCGGAAGCAGGGGUGCCAGUGACAAAGGAGAACAUUGACAUGGCCAUUUCCAAGGGAUUGAUCUGGGAAUUGCUGCCUCCAAAGGAGGAGCUUGUUGCACGUUCCGGUGGCGAAAGUGAUGCGCAAAGCCAGAGGAGUGAUGGUGUGGCCGAUGCUGCCUCAGGUGGAGCUGAAGAGGUGGCCGCGGAGUUGCCGGAGGAGGCCUUCGCUCGGGAAAAGGAGACCACAACUUCCAUUUCUGGCAGCAGCUUCCUGCGGCUACAGCGGCGCAACGAUUGUGCCCUAAAAGCCUUCGAUGACACAGCGGCAUUGCAUUGCCGUUGUCGAGAGUCUGCGAUGGUAUGUUGGAAUUCAGCCUUGGAAGAACAGGUGGUUGGCGGUUCUCGGCAAGUGCUGGCAUCCAGUUGUCCCAUGCGAAGAGGUGAAGGGACCUAUCGCUUGGACUUGAGGGUGAACACGAGUGGAGAUGCGGCCUUCUUGUUGGAGGUGGGCUUGAUGGUGAGCCCAGAUGAUGGGGUGGCUUUCAAGGUCGAUGCUCCUGGAGCUUGCAGACCGCUACGUCGCGGCGAGUUGCCUGGCAAAAGCGAGCCAUUCUUCCGCAUCCUUUCCUUGAUGGACGUGUUGGUAGAGGGUGUGCGCUUGGCUGUGGAGCUGGAUUUGAAGGAGGACGAGGUGACGCUUUCCAACCUGGAGCCGGGCCAAACGCGAGCUGGUGAGGCCAUCUCCAUCGCUUCCUGGUUGGCGGAACGGAACCGAGCCCAAGUCAUGUCAGUCUGUGGCCAAGAAUAUGUCAACAGGGCGGACAUGGGAGCGGUGGUUGCCUGGAAAGUUCCAUUCCAAGAGUGA